AUGGGGUUGUGCACAGGAUACCCUUUGUCUGAGUUUGUUGGCAACGAUUUUACUAAUGUCUUCUUGAUUGAACUAGGCACACAGGUGCAGGAUAUCGUUAGUGUCACGCCAACAUAUUGGGCCAAGCAAGAUAAGAAUAAGUUCUACGCCAAGGUGCACAAGUACAUCUGGGAUGAUCUAAUGGUUCAUGGGAUGCGUAUCAAAGAUGGAAAAGCUACCUAUGUUUCACGUUACAUAAAGACAUCACGCCUUAAGCAAGAAGAGUUCUUUGGAGGGUCAAAUUUUAUGAAGAUUGGUGACCUUAAGGGAUUGUUUGGACUUUUUAUGGUUAACAUGCAAAUUCUUCGAGCAAAACUAAAAGUUCUGGAUGUCUCAUAUGGAAGAGGGACAGGUAAUACAGCUCUCAUAUAUCAUCAGGGUAAACUUUUGGCACUCUCAGAAGUUGAUAAGCCUUGUAAGUCUUCUUGUGAUUGACCCUAUUAUUAUUCG